AUGUCCUUACAUCACGAUAAUGUCACAAUUGCGCCAUUGGUGCUAUUGUCAGUGCUGGACCACUACGAGCGUACCAAUACCCCUGAAGGUAAGAGAUGUGUUGGUGUCAUACUCGGCGAUUCGCAAACGAACACAAUAAGGGUAACUAAUUCAUUUGCUUUGCCAUUUGAAGAAGAUGAGAAAAACUCUGAUGUUUGGUUUUUAGAUCACAAUUAUAUUGAGAGUAUGAAUGAGAUGUGUAAAAAGAUUAAUGCCAAGGAAAAAUUAAUUGGUUGGUACCACAGUGGGCCAAAACUAAGGGCUUCAGACUUGAAAAUAAAUGAACUGUUCAAGAAAUAUACACAAGGCAAUCCAUUGCUUUUAAUUGUGGAUGUUAAGCAGCAGGAUGUUGGUCUACCAACAGAUGCAUAUAUGGCUGUUGAACAAGUGAAAGACGAUGGUACUUCUACUGAAAAAACUUUCUUACAUUUGCCAUGUACAGUUGAAGCGGAAGAAGCGGAAGAAAUUGGUGUUGAGCAUCUGUUGAGAGAUGUUCGUGAUCAAGCGGCCGGUGGAUUGUCUAUUAGAUUGACCAACCAGUUGAAGUCUUUGAAAGGUUUACAAAAAAAAUUAAAUGACAUUGUGAUAUACUUGAAUAAAGUCAUUAACAAUGAGCUACCUGUUAACCAUACUAUUUUAGGGAAACUUCAGGAUGUUUUUAAUCUGUUGCCAAAUCUUGGGUAUAACGAAGAAACUGACGUCUCUGCAACUAGUAAUGAUAUGGUCACUGCCAGUAAUAACUUGCAAAGGGCAUUGACAGUUAAAACUAACGACGAACUGAUGGUGAUAUAUAUCACUAACCUUGUAAGAGCGAUUAUUGCAUUUGAUGAUCUGAUCGAGAAUAAAAUGCAAAACAAGAAACUGCAGGAGGAGAGAAAUAAGGAAUUACAAGCUGAUAUAAACAAAGUGGAGUCUGAAACGGCUGAAACUGAAAAAGUAGCCACAGAUUGA